CCCGUCCGAUGCUGCACAUCCCGGGGAUCCCACCCUCUGGAGGGACGUAAGGACCAGCCGCCCUGAAGAGCUUACUCAGAAGUAUGUCAGAAAAGGAAGCCCCCUCUCACUACUCCAUACACAGAGCCUGGCUUCUUUAACAACAUCAUUUUCUCUGGCCAUGGAAUUCCCAUCAGAAGACAUUUUUUUAAUGACAGCUUCUCCAGUUAUAAAAGCUGUAACGAAUUUCAAACAGGUCUCCAAAACACUUGAGGAAUUUGAUGUAGAAGAGCAACCAAGUUCUCUAUUAGAAAAACGAUAUCCCAAUAUUAAAGUUAUACAGUCUGGAGUAAAACAAUUGAAAAGUGAUGAACAUAAAAUUUUCACUGAAGAUGGGAAGGAAUACAUGUAUGAAAAACUUUGCCUGUGUGCUGGAGCAAAACCAAAAUUAAUUUUUGAAGGAAACCCGUAUGUAUUAGGAAUCCGGGAUACUGACAGUGCACGGGCUUUUCAGAAGAAUUUGGCUCAAGCUGAGAGAAUAGUAGUGGUAGGAAAUGGUGGGAUUGCACUUGAAUUAGUGUAUGAAAUUCAAGGCUGUGAAGUAAUCUGGGCUAUCAAAGACAAAGCCAUUGGGAACACUUUUUUUGAUGCAGGAGCAGCUGAAUUUCUCAUUCCAAAGCUAACUGCUGACAAACGAGAGACUCCAAUUGAAUGUAAAAGAACCAAGUAUACAAUGGAAGGAAGUGAGGAAAAAGAAAGACCUAUAGCAGCAUCUGACAAACUGGGCAGUGCCUUAGGCCCCGAUUGGCAUGAGGGCUUACAUCUUAAAGGGACUAAAGAGUUUUCUCAUAAAGUACAUAUUGAAAUACUAUGUGAAGUAAAGAAAAUAUACUUACAGCAAGAAUUUAUACAACUGCAACGGACUUCUUUGACAUUUCCUAAGGAAGAGAAAAAUGUAGAACGAGAUGAGGUGCUAUGGCCUGUAUAUGUGGAAUUAACUAAUGGAAAAAUUUAUGGAUGCAAUUUCAUUGUCAGUGCAACUGGAGUUGUGCCAAAUGUUAAACCAUUUCUUGAUGGCAAUAAUUUUGCUGUAGGUGAAGAUGGAGGUCUUAAAGUAGAUAAACACAUGCACACAUCCCUGCCAGAUAUAUACGCAGCUGGAGAUAUCUGCACGGUGUCGUGGGAACCUAGUCCAGUGUGGCAUCAGAUGAGACUGUGGACUCAGGCUAGGCAGAUGGGAUGGUAUGCAGCAAAAUGCAUGGCAGCAGAUACUUUAGGGGAAUCUAUUGAUAUGGAUUUCAGCUUUGAACUAUUUGCUCAUGUUACAAAAUUUUUCAAUUACAAGGUGGUGGUUUUGGGAAAAUACAAUGCUCAAGGCUUGGGUUUAGACCAUGAACUGAUGCUGAGAUGUACCAAGGGACAAGAGUAUGUUAAAGUAGUGAUGCAGAAUGGCCGAAUGAUGGGAGCUGUGCUGAUUGGUGAAACGGACUUGGAAGAAACCUUUGAAAACUUAAUUUUAAAUCAGAUGGAUCUUUCAGCCUAUGGUGAAGAUCUCCUGAAUCCAGAUAUUGAUAUAGAAGAUUAUUUUGAUUGAACAAAACCCCGUUUCCAUUUUGUAUGAAGUUUUGACACCGAGUAAUAUGUCUUAUAAAACUGUUUCCUCAGGAUUACCAGAAAUGAGGGAUAAAUGCAGUUCCUUAUUAAGACUUUGUGUUGAUCUUCUCAAAAUACUGACAAUAAAUUAAUCUGUGUAGAAAUGCAGCUACAAAAGCGAGUGGAUUAGUGUUGGCAAAGAGUUUUCGUCUAGAUUAGAUGAGCAUAUGAGAACACAGCCAUAACAGUCCUAAAAAGUGGGCUUCACUGUGCUAUUAAGAUAGCACCGCAUUCACUUGAAUGCGAGGUGGCCUUCACUUUUUAAAAGUAAAUAAAAUGUGUUAAAUCCCGUGCCUGCCUCAUAGCUCCCUUCUUCCCCAAACCAUGCAUAAUUCACCUGCCAUGGUUACCAGAGCCCAGUUUCCCUCAAUCAAGUUCCUUCUUUUUUAGUUGCUAGGCGUAAUUUAGCGCCUAGGUGAUAAAGCCCAACAAGUUAAGCUAUUCCUUAAUGUCCUCUCUGUAUUCCAUAGUGCCAUCCAUGGACAUAGGUUGUUUCAUACUGGCCUUUGGUUUUGUUCUGCAGUUGCUAUGUGGGAGUUGUUUAUUUUUGGUCAAACUGGCAACAGUUUGUUGUACUCCACUAAAUGCAAAGUUGGCAGUACAUAUUGAGACUACUCCCAGAAAAUCACUCUAAUUAUUUUUUAAGAGAAUGACUGUUAAAUGAAUUAAUUCCACUUUUGGCAAAGGUUUCAGUUAAACGAUGGCUGAAAUAGUAAGCUUUAGUCACUGACAAGAUUCUACCAGAAAAAUAAAGAUGAAGAGCAUCUUCUUAAUCAUGUUUGUUUUAUAUUUAAGUUGGUAUACAUCUGAAUG